GUCUUUGGCUAGACAUUGAGAUAUGAAUGAAGAAAUAGGGACAACACAUGGGUUCAUGGAAUUGCAGAGUAACAAAGUAAAUCUCAAGAAUCUGUGAUUGGUAGUCCUACUGUACCAGUAAUGUUUCCUCUAAACUGUGCCCCUCCAAGACUUCCUCGCAGUCAGGAAGAGUCUCUGCAGCGCUGAGAUGCAAGAGAUUGAACUUCACUGAGUUUGCCCCAUUAGUUUGCAAUGUAGGCCUGCAUUGAACACCACAUAUGCGACUGUAGUCUAUAUCAUAGAAAUCACAAGCUAUUUCCAUGUGAAAAUGACAUGGAAAUUGCUCAAUUGGUUUUGUUGGUAGGCCUACAUUAUGCUCAAAUGGCCACAAUAGCCUAUUGGCUACUGUCUAAAACUGUAAGGGUACACGUGUUCACUGUAAACGUGCUGGAAGUUGCACAAAAUUCUCACUAUGUUCACGUUUCUGCUCACAAAACAAACGUCUGCUCAGUGCCCGAAAAAAUUCAAGGGAACAUUGCCUAGCAGUGGACCUGGUAGAUGGGGCAAAACACAUGGUUUGGAGAGACAAACAAGUAAGAGGAUGGUAAAUCAGAUAUUCUGUAACCAUUUACUUGGCAAUUACUUUUCUUUCUGCGUUUGCACUACAUUAACUUUAUUUAGCAGACACUUAUCCAGAGUGGCAUAGAGUAGUGAGUGCAUACAUUUUCAUAUUUUCUUUGUCCAUACUGGUCCCCGUGGGAAUUCAAAUCCUCACCCCUGGUGUUGCAAGCGCCAUGCUCUACCAACUGAGCCACACAGGACACUUGUAGCUGAGCAUCAACCAGCUUGUAUUUCCUGUUGCUAUUCAGGUGAGCACAUAAGGGACCACACUAGGGUUACUGAUCAUUCACACACAUGUCUAAUUCCAGAGACGAGAACACAAGUCAAGACCAACCACAACCGAAGGGCUUUGAAUAUAUAUAGAGGUGGAAGGUUAAAGUAUGGAACUGCAGUCAUAAGCUAGGGCUAGAUGAGCCACAAGUGUCAUAAGGCAGACUGAUGGGUCCCCUACACAUUAACCUUACACAUCAGUCUGUCAAAAUAAUUGCAUUAGAGCCAUGCAUGAUAAUGAUAACAUACAGUGCCGUGCAAAAGUAUUCACCCCCUUGACAUUUUUCCUAUUUUGUUGCAUUACAACCUGUAAUUUAAAUGGAUUUUUAUUUGGAUUUCAUGUAAUGGACAUACACAAAAUAGUCCAAAUUGGUGAAGUGAAAUGAAAAAAAUAACUUGUUUAAAAACAUUCUAAGAAAUUAAAAACUGAAAAAUGGUGCAUGCAUAUGUAUUCACCCCCUUUGCUAUGAAGCCCCUAAAUAAGAUCUGGUGCUACCAAUUACCUUCAGAAGUCACAUAAUUAAUUACAUAAAGUACACCUGUGUGCAAUCUAAGUGUCACAUGAUCUGUCACAUGAUCUCAGUAUAUGUACACCUGUUCUGAAUGGCCCAAGAGUCUGCAACACCAUUAAGCAAGGGGAACCAGCAAGCAAGCAGCACCAUGAAGACCAAGGAGCUCUCCAAACAGGUCAGGGACAAAGUUGUGGAGAAGUACUGAUCAGGGUUGGGUUAUAAAAAAAUAUCCGAAACAUCCCACAGAGCACCAUUAAAUUCAUUAUUAAAAAAUGGAAAGAAUAUGGCACCACAAGAAACCUGCCAAGAGAGGGCCGCCCACCAAAACUCAUGGACCAGGCAAGGAGGGCAUUAAUCAGAGAGGCAACAAAGAGACCAAAGAUAACCUUAAAGGAGCUGCAAAACUCAACAGCAGAGAUUGGAGUAUCUGUCCAUAGGACUACUUUAAGCCAUACACUCCACAGAGCUGGGCUUUAUGGAAGAGUGGCCAGAAAAAAGCAAACACAUUUGGUGUUCACCAAAAGGCAUGUGGGAGAAUCCCCAAACUUAUAGAAGAAGGUACUCUGAUCAGAUGAGACUAAAAGUGAGCUUUUUGGCCAUCAAGGAAAAUGCUAUGUCUGGCACAAACCCAACACCUCUCAUCACACCGAGAAUAUUAUCCUGCCACCACCAUGCUGUGGUGAUGUUUUUAAUCGGCAGGGACUGGGAAACUGGUCAGAAUUGAAGGAAUGAUGGAUGGUGCUAAAUACAGGGAAAUUCUUGAGGGAAACCUGUUUCAGUCUUCCAGAGAUUUGAGACAGGGACGGAGGUUCACUUUCCAGCAGAACAAUGACCCUAAGCAUACGGCUAAAGGAACACUCGAGUGGUUUAAGGGGAAACAUUUAAAAGUCUUGGAAUGGCCUAGUCAAAGCCCAGACCUCAAUCCAAUUGAGAAUCUGUGGUAUGACUUAAAGAUCCAUCCAACUUGAAGGAGCUGGAGCAGUUUUGCCCUGAAAAAUAGGCAAAAAUACCAGUGGCUAGAUGUGCCACGCUUAUAGAGACAUAUCCUAAGAGACUUGCAGGUGUAGUUGCUGCAAAAGGUGGCUCUACAAACUAUUGAUGUUGUGGGGGUGAAUAGUUAUGCAUGCUCAAGUUUGUUUUUUUUGGUCUUAUUUCUUGUUUGUUUCGCAAUAAAACAUAUUUUGCAUCUUCAAAGUGGUAGGCAUGUUGUGUAAAUUAAAUGAUACAAACCCCCCCCAAAAUCUUUUUUAAUUCCAGGUUGUAAGGCAACAAAAUAGGAAAAAUGCCAAGGGGGGUUAAUAUUUUUGCAAGGCACUGUACAUGUGAAUUGUUUGGUCAUGGAAGUGUGCUACUACCUUUGUUCAAGAAAGUAAGACUUAAAGUAGACCGAUUACCUGAACAGUAGGUUUUCGUGUAGUUUAAAAUGUUUGCCAAACAUGCCAAACAACAUACCUUAAAGACCUACCCCAGUCUAAUUUUUACCUCAUUUACUUCACAAAAAGCACAUCUCAAUAGGUGGUCCAGGUAUGACAUGACAUGGCACACGUGGGGGGUGGACCUUAACUCUUUUGUCCUCUAUUGCUCUAUUGUUUUUCAACAGGAACAGUAAAAAAAUUGCUGGAGUGUGUCUUUAAACUGUCCAAUGAGUAGGCAAUACAUUUUUAAAGGGAUAUUAGCCAAUUACAAAUUGUUGAAUCUUCACAGAAACUGUAAACAGCUCUCUGGUUUGUCAUAAUUGGCUAUAUUUCCAGAAAGGGUGCAGUAGCCUAUUCGUGUUUUCUAAAGUGUAAUUUGUAACCUGGCCAGUUUCCAUAUCUGCUUCUCUAGGUUGUUCUGCCUCCUAAACAUAGGCUGCCAGUUUCCAUAUUUAAUAAAAAAGUGUACCUUUAUAUAACUAGGCAAGUCAGUUAAGAACAAAUUGUUAUUUAUAAUGACGGCCUACCCUGGCCAAACCCCGGCGACGCUGGGUCAAUUGUACGCCACCCUAUGGGACUCCCAAUCAUGGCCAGAUGUGACACAGCCUGGAUUUGAACCAGGGACUGUAAUAAUGCCUCUUGCACUGACAUGCAGUGCCUUAGACCGCUGCGUCACUCGGGAGCCCUGUUUGUAAAUGAUCCGCGCCUCUAGGUUGUUCUGCCUCCUAAACAUAGGCUGUCAGUUUUUUUCACUUCAUCAUCUAACUGUGUUCACUCCUUCAUUAACAUCAACAAGUUGAAAGGAUGUCUCCAUCUUAUUUUCUCUUCAUUUGUGAGUAUUCAAUUAUCUAUUAUUUUAAUAAUAUGAAUUAAUUGUAACAGAGUAAUUCAUUUAGAUGAUGUAGGUUUAAUAUGUAGGACUUCACAUAAAAGCCUUUUUUAAAUGUUUUGCCAUGUUUAAAGGUAUGGCUGCUGUUGCAGUUAAAGAAGGUUGUGCAGAUUCAGUCCCUACUCCCACCAUUGUGUUAGACCCUGGGUACAUCAAUGUAGCUAUGCCUGUCAUAGUACGCUGUGAGUCAACAGGUGGCACAAAGUGCCACUUCUACAAAGACCACGACCCCAACCCAAUAAGAGAAGUGAAUUCCGGUGUUUGCCAAUUCAUAUUGUUCUGGAAUGAGUUCAAAAAGUGGAACAAGACUGAAGUAGAUCUCAGCUGUGCUAUUCUACAGAAGGGAGAAGAAAAAAUAAUCCCAACAUUUUACAACGCUCGAAGACUUCAUGUAAGUGAUUCCAUUGGAAUACCCAGGAUUUUUGUGGAAAAUACAGGAACUUACUUAAGUCUUCGGUGUGAGGCCAAGCAUGCUGGUACCUCAUGCUACUAUUACCUGAACAACAGUGACGUCCCGUUUAAAAGUCAGCCCUACAAAGACAAUGUCUGUGUGGGGAGAGUGGCGGAAAAGGAUCUGCUGAGAAAGAGGAACAGUGCCGGAGAGGUCUUCAUCACCUGUGCUGUGGAGCUGGUAAUGGAGGGUGAAGAUACUGUGAAAUCACAGCAUAGUGAACCGUUCAAGAUUGCCAUAGAUGACUAUCCUGGGCCCACUACUUCCUUAUCAACAUUCAGUACCAACAAAACCAGUGUAACUAAUGGAGAAGAGUCCUCAGAGUUCCCCCUCUACAUCAGUCUGAGUGUUGGGGCCUUUAGCCUUAUUCUGCUGGUUGUAUCUGUCCUGUGUUUUCUCCGGUACAAGCGAGGUGAUCAACAAGACUGGUCUGCAAAUAGAUCCCAAUGGAACCAGAACAAAGAAGUUAUCUAUGCAAAUGCUUCAUUAUUUCAACAAGGCGGUCUAAAUGUGGGGAUGUGACCAUGCUGCGUUGUACUAGUUCAAGUGUACUUCCACCUGUUGAUGAACUUCCUCCACAUCCCUUCUCUGCUUCCUGAUUUACAUAUCUGCCACUCUCUGCUCUUCAUGUAUUCUGACGCCAUCUGUUCUUCUCAGAUGAAUGGUGUAAUAUCUUACUGGGCAAGAAAUAGAUGUGCAUAGGUUUUAAGACAUGAUCCAUUUGAAGCUUCACAUUGUUUGUAUAUAAGGGUAAAUACCCGUGUUCUUUUAUUACCUUGUCUUUUUUUAACGCUUUUCUUAUUUUAUUACUAUUUUUUUAUCUACUUUGUAUAUUGAUAGUUUUGCUACUUGACAUUUAUUCUGCACAGUUGAGGAAAGCUGAAAGUAAGCAUUUCACUGUGCCAUUCCACCUUCUGUACUCUGGGCAUGUGACAAAUAAACAGUGAUUUAAUGUGAAGAUUGUGUAGAUUAGUUUUAACAUACUGGUAUACAAUUUUCCUAUUCUGUACAGUUUUUAAUAUGUAACUCUGUUUUGAAUAAAUUCAAUACAUGUA